GACACCCUCUGCGCUACUUGUUUUCUAGUACGCAGUUCGUCGCGAUGUGGAUUUAAUGGAAAUUUCCACUUCAUCAGCGUCACCAAAACCAGUAAUUCGGAUUAAAUUGUUUUGAAAUGUCACUCUUUGAAUAAAAUCUGAAACACCAGCGAGGAUCAAUAGAGUCACAGUCGUGUGUUUGAACGGAAUAGUCUGCGUUCGUACUAAAACACGUUCGAGUUUGCAACUUUGAACGGGAUCAGCGAGUCAUCAGAGAGGUUUUAUGAUCAUAAAUAAUCAUAAUCAUCAUCUGAAAUAAUCGAUAUAUUAUCUGGGAUGGAGUAUCACAGCGUCGGGCCCGGUGGAGUGAUGGUUACUGGUAAUAAUGUACCUGCUUUUCUAACAAAACUCUGGACCCUGGUGGAGGAUCCGGACACAGACCCGUUAAUCUGCUGGAGUCCUAACGGAACCAGCUUCCAUGUGUUCGAUCAGGGCCGGUUCUCUAAAGAGGUUCUUCCGAAAUACUUCAAGCACAAUAAUAUGGCCAGUUUUGUUCGCCAGCUCAAUAUGUAUGGUUUCCGCAAAGUGGUCCACAUCGAGCAGGGCGGGCUUGUCAAACCAGAGAAAGACGACACAGAAUUCCAGCAUCCGUAUUUUAUCCGUGGACAGGAGCAUCUGCUGGAGAAUAUCAAGAGGAAGGUAACAACUGUGUCCAACAUUAAACACGAGGAUCUGAAGAUCAGCUCUGACAACGUGUCUAAAAUGAUCACAGAUUUCCAGCUCAUGAAGGGCAAGCAGGAGUCCAUGGAUUCCAGAAUCGGCGCCCUCAAACAUGAGAAUGAGUCUCUGUGGAGGGAGAUCGCGUCUCUGAGACAGAAACACUCUCAGCAGCAGAAAGUCGUCAAUAAGCUCAUCCAGUUUCUCAUCACACUGGCUCGAUCCAACCGAGUCCUGGGAGUCAAACGAAAGAUACCUCUCAUGUUGAAUGACAGCACUUCCACACACUCUAUGCCCAAAUACGCCAGACAGUAUUCCCUGGAGUCUUCUCCUUCUCUCUCUCCCUCCACUACAGCUUUCACAGGAACGGGGGUGUUCGCCUCCGAAACCUCUGUGAAUACAGGGCCAAUCAUCUCGGACAUCACCGAGCUGGCGCAGUCCAACCCCGUGGCCACAGAGGAGUGGAUCGACGACAGAACAAGCCCGGUGGUCCACAUCAAGGAGGAGCCGUCUAGCCCCACCCACAGUCCUGAGGUAGAGGAGGUGUGUCCCGUGGAAGUGGAAGUGGAGGCGGCGUCGGGCAUACCUGUGUACACGCCCCUUUCCCCCAUGACCUUCAUCAACUCCAUCCUUCAGGAGAGCGAGCCCGUCACGGCCCAGAGUCCGCCCCACGCCGAGCAGAAGUGCCUGAGCGUGGCCUGCUUGGACAAUUAUCCUCAGAUGUCUGAGAUCUGUCGUCUUUUCUCCAGCUUCCCCACAACAUCUCUUCACAUCAGACCUCCUCCCGGGUCUGAACUCAGCGAUCAUCUGGAGAGCAUCGACUACGGCCUGGAGAACCUGCAGCACAUCCUAAACGCUCAGUCCAUUAAUUUCGACGGCUCGCCCUUGUUCGAUAUAUUCGCAUCAUCCGCCGCCGAAGUGGAUCUCGACAGCUUGGCUAGUAUCCAGGACCUGCUGUCUCCUGAACCGGUGAAAGAAAUGGACUCCACGUCAGAUUCAUGUGAUUCGGGCAAGCAGUUGGUCCAGUAUACGGCUCAGCCCGUGAUUCAAUCCGACCCCGUCACCACCACAGACCCCAGCGGGAAUGACCUGCCCAUUCUUCUGGAGCUGGAGGGCGACACCUAUUUCCAACCCGAACCCGCCGAAGACCCGACCAUCUCCCUUCUGAACUUCUCCACGUCCCCCGUACCUCAAGACCCCAAACUAUAAUCCAGCGAGCGCCUCUAAAGGGAUUCGUGUCCGUGUGGGUUUUUUUUCAUAUGUGACCCUGGAUCACAAAACCAGUCUUAAGUAGCACGGGAACAUUUUUAGUAAAAGACAGAAAUACAUCGUGUGGGUCAAAAUGAUCGAUUUUUCUUUUAUGCCAAACAUCAUUAGGAUAUUAAGUAAAGAUCAUGUUGCAUGAAGAUAUUUUGUAAAUGUCCUACCUUAAAUAUAUCAAAACUUUAUUUUUGUGAGUGGAUGGUCUGCCACAGUGCCCCUGAUGAACAACUUCAAAGGCAAUUUUCUCAAUAUUUUGAUUUUUUGCGCUCUCAGAUCCCAGAGUUUUAAACGGUUGUAUCUCAGCCAGAUAUUGUCCUAUUCUAACAACUCAUAUAGCUAUAGAAAGUUAUUUAUUCAGCUUUCAGAUGAUGUAAAAAUCUCAAUUUCGAAAAAUUGACCCAUAAAACUGGUUUUGUUGUUCAGGGUCACAAAUGUUAUUCUCUGCAUUAUAUAUAUUUUUGGUCACGUAACACUGAGGAGGAUAGCCAUGUUGAUAUGUUUUAUUUCACUUUUAGUUGGGGAUGUUUUUAAAGCAAUAGAGAAAAUACAGUAUUCCUGUCAUAGAAUCGACACGCCGAUGAGAAGGUUUAAUCGGUUCCUCUGUAGUUUGUUAUUCAGAGAUGCUACAGAGAAACCGAAAUCAGAUCUGGAUUUAUGUGUGUGUGUGUGUGUGUGUUUAUAUUUGAGCGGAUCGGGAUGGGUUUUUGUUAGGAGAGCGCUGCUAACCUUAUAAACCCGGUUGAUUGACGUUUGGCUUGUUGUAUUACGUCCCGAGUUAAUAAAGAUUUGUUAUUAUUAUCUAGUUACCUUACGGCCACACCGGACGGUUGAUGCCCGGCGCUCACCUUGACGACUGCCAAGUUUUUAAUUCCUGGAUAUUUUAUUUGCAGUGUAUAUUGCUAAUUAAUGCUGGAUGUAUCAUCUCAUGGAUAUUGAGAUUAGAGCAAAAAAUAAAACAUGUAAAUAUAUAUAAAUGUAAGAAAACGACACGGCAGUCGCGUUGACUCAUUCAGUCACAGAUUAUGCAGACAAACACAACUUGAAACACGUCUGGUGUGAUCAGAUGAAGAUCUAGCAUCCCGCCCAUCAUCUUCAUGUGAUGUUUGAUCUGGGCUUGUUGUUUGAUGACAUUGCCAGACGUUUUGUGUGGAAUUACACAUUUCACAUGACUGAAGUACACAACAGACGUCAUAUUUAAUGGCAGAUGUUUUUGUUUGUUUUCUUUGAUUUUGUAUAAUGUCACCCAUCAGCCCAGUACAGAAAUGUUUCCGACAACAAUCGGAUUUGAAGAUUUGUGCAAUAGUUCACAUCCUAACCGGCUCUUGAGAGCAACGCAACACUGUAAUGCUUCUUCGUGUGCUUUGUUAAAGAACGUAAUGAGUGUAAAUCCGAUACUAAAAUACCAAAAUUGAAAUCAUAUUUCUUGCCCUAGAGACUAUAUUUUUGGAUGGCUGUUGCGCGACGAGAACCGGGAGAAGAAUGUUAAAUGUUGGUGAUUCUGACCAUCACAGCCAGAGCGACAUUAAUAUUAGACAUAAAUUAUUUUAUUACACAUGAGAACGACAUUUUGUGUACUGGUAUGUUUUAAAUAAAAUGAUUUUGG